AAGUGCUAUAUAAAUAAAGUUUGACUGAUUGAUUGAUUGAUAAAUCAUUUAAAAAAAAAAAACAGUGGCCCAUUUUACCUGACACCACCGGUUAAACAUGAAACUUAUUUUACCAACUGAACCUAACUGGUUCAAAAUAUGUUAUUAUGAACUCAUAUUUCUUUCUCUAUUUCUGAGACAUAAACAAGGCAACAAUAAUGAGUCAUUCCUUAUUAUUUUCACUGUGACUUUCAUCAUUUCACUGAACAACAGAACAAAAGUGAAAGUUCCUGUGGCAUCAAACUGCAACACAUCAGCGUGGUUUUGGAGAGUUAAGCGCAUCAGGUGCAAAUCAAACCCAAACUGUCACUGGCUUCUUUAGUUGUGUUGUUUGUUGUUGAUUUUACACUAGAUGGCAGCUUCACACUAUUCAUGAAACAUGAUCAAGCACUCAUUAGAUGACAUGUGUGUUUUGCACUUAUUUGAUCAUAUUUCCAACAUGGAAUGCAGGUGGUCCACUAACAUAUAGAUAGAUGAUAACCAGGCCUAUAUAGACCUGCAGGCUAUACUUAUUAUUAUUUUUCUAGCCUGUUUUCUUUUCUUUUCUUUUCUUUCACAAAAUCCACCUUAUUAACCAGAAUAUUGAAAGGGAAUAUGAUAACAAAAAACACAAUUACAUUUUUUUAAAUAGCAUACAGCAUAAUGCUGAACUCCUUACAGAGUUUUUAAAUAAAGCAAAGUAACACAACGACCUCAGCUGUCGUCCGGGAGGGAACACUUGCUGAAGAGGAUUAUUCAGUCGCCAAAUUCCCGCUGAUGAAAAGCCAAAAGCUGCAUCCAGGAUUCAGCAUCCCAGGAUUCAGCAUCCAGGAUUAGAGCAUCCUCACAUCCUCGCUGCUGCUGCUGCUGCUCUCUGACUCCACACACCUGUGUGCCUGUUGCCUCUUCCGCUACUUUAGUCGCCUGCUACUGACUGAAAAACAACAUCCACGCGUUCACUCCUUCAGUUGAUUUCUCCAUCUCACCGGGAUAGAUAGACGCAGCUAUAAUCCUCAUUUUUUAAGCAGACGUCCGUCCAAAGAGCCGCGGUCAACUCUAUAUAGUGCUCAUCAUCUUGUCAUGGGCAGUAAUGUAUCGGGUAUAUCGGCGCUGCAGAGAGGACAACAGCAGGGCUUCCACAGACUCCGAAACUCUCACAAAGACUCCCUCGGUGGCCCGUUCCCGUCCACAUCACACCGAUGCCACCACAAACCCAAGAGGUGCCUGCCCAUCCAGUGUGGCAGCGUUGGCGGGCCCCUUCCCAUCAGCCCGCUUCUUUUCCAUCCAAACGCCAAGGGAUCCCAAAUUGUCAUGGACCUCGCCCAGAAGACAGUCAAGAGGCAGGCGAGUUUCUGCAACGCCAUCACCUUCAGCCACAGGCCCAUAGCGCUGUACGAGCAAGUCCGCCUCAAGAUUACUAAAAAGCAGUGUUGCUGGAGCGGGGCUCUACGUCUGGGCUUCACCGCCAAAGACCCCUCCAGGAUAAACCCAGACAACCUGCCCAAGUACGCCUGCCCCGACCUGGUGUCCCAGAGCGGCUUCUGGGCCAAGGCCCUGCCCGAAGAGUUCGCCAACGAGGGCAACGUUAUCGCCUUUUGGGUCGACAAGAAGGGCAGAGUCUUCUACCGCAUUAACGAGUCCAGUCCCAUGCUGUUCUUCAGUGGAGUCCGCACAGCCGAGCCCCUCUGGGCCCUCAUUGAUGUUUACGGCCUGACCCGCGGAGUGCAGCUGCUAGACAGUGAGAUUGUUCCUCCCGACUGCCUACGCCCACGCUCCUUCACCACAGUGCGCUCCUCCUCUCUCCGGCGCGAAGCCGACGACUCCCGUCUGUCCGUCAGCCUGUGUGACCUCAACCUGCAGCAGGAGGACGGACGCAACGGCCACAACCACUCCCACCGCCACACCCUCCACCUGGCCUCGGCCUCCUCGUCCUCCACCUGCCCCAUACCCCAGAACUCCCUCAACUCCCAGCAGUCCUCCCUGCUGCCAUCCGCCCUGGAGAGCGACCUCCACUUCCACCAGCUGCGCGGCGCCCACAUCAAGACGCUGGACGAGCAGACGGUGGCGCGAUCCGAGCACGCGCGAGAUGAACGCACCCUCGUCUUCACCAAUCGGCCCUUGCGCACCGGAGAGACCGUCUUCAUCAAAGUCACAAAGUCCAGCCCGUCUCGCUCGGGCUCGUUGUCCUACGGCGUGACGUCCUGCGACCCAGCAGUGCUGCGCCCCAGCGACUUGCCCUACAAUCCAGAGGCUCUGGUGGACAGGAAGGAGUUUUGGGCGGUGUGUCGGGUGCCGACGCCUCUCCAAAGCAGCGACAUCCUGGGAUUCUUGGUCAACCAGGAAGGGGAGGUCAUCCUCAGCCACAACGGCACCAAUGUGGGCAUGCAAGUGUGUGUAGACAACUCCCGCCCACUCUGGAUGUUCUUUGGUCUCCAUGGGGCUGUGACUCAGCUGAGGAUUCUGGGUUCCACUCAUCUCGGGGAUCCGCGGGCCGCGUCGAACCCCAGCUCGCCCUCCUCCUCUCCGCACACCCCCAGCGCCCUGGGCAGUGGCAGCUCCGAUCCUGUGCUGAACGGAGGCCUGUGCUCCGCUGCGUACUGCAGCUCAGCAGGGGGAACAACCCCUAAUUCACCCAUCAGCCUCCCCAAGUCACCUACGUUCCCAUCAGGCCGUGGGCUUUGGUCCGACGAGUGCUCCAUCUGUUACGAGAACGCGGUGGACACGGUCAUCUACGCCUGCGGACACAUGUGUCUGUGCUACACCUGUGGCCUCAAACUCAAGAAGAUGUCCAACGCCUGCUGUCCCAUCUGCAGAAGGCAGAUCAAAGACAUUAUCAAGACGUACCGGAGCACGUAAAGGGGACGGACAGGCCUCCCCGAGAACAGCAGAAUCAGGGGAAUAAAUGUUCUAAGUUCAGGGAAUAGGAACUCUGGUACUUUAAUUUGGUAUUUUACAUACAAAUGUUUGGGUUUGCUCGCAUAACUUUUUCCCAAAGCCAGUACCGCUUCACUGGGAAGGUCUCUCGUGUGCAGCCUCCCUGCAGAGGCGGCACUUGAAGUGGAAGGAAGGGGUUCCGCUGAGAACUCUACCAGAAGUGUUUGCUCUUUCCUGGGAUCUUGGAAGAAUUUGAAGGAGAGGGGGAAAAACUGAAACAAUUCUUUCAUUUGUUGAGCCAUGUUGUAAGAUUUAGGGACUGUCACCCAUUUGCACCGAAAGCAGAUGAGUCAUUUUGGGGGCCGAAUGUCUCCAUAAUAGUUCUCUUCGAGGAUGAAUGAAGCUCUGAAAUACGCUGUCAACCUGACGGGUAUUUCUGACUUAUGACAGGUGAUCAUCUCAGUAUGUCACAACUUGUGUCUGUGUGUUACUGAGGCAUCGGAAGAGACAAGUCUGGCAAACGCAAUGAUGAAGUGAUGGAUUUCUGUAAUUGUCGUGGUGAUUAUCAGUGAGUGAUGUGCUUAGAGAUGCAAGGCGGUGCUGAGAAUAUUAAGUAGGAUUGUAACACCUCUUGUACUCGUAUAAUCUAAUGUACCUUUUAUGGUAGUUCUAUUGCAAAUGUCGGUGGUAGCUAUAUUGUUGUGCUAGCUAUAGCUGCUUGCUCUGCAAUGUGGUAUGUUGCACUGAAAUCAGCAUUGUCCUCUCAGAAAUGCCCCGUUAGUUAAUAGACAGAGAGGAUAAAGACACUCAAACAAAUCUACCAACCUGCGUCCAGCAGACUCAGCAGCUCCGAAUCUAUGAACGCAAACAGGAAGUCAUUUGGAUUCUCCUCAGGGCCGGCAAUCUUUUUUUUAAGAUGUGAACUAUUUUCCCAAACUUUGACCUAUAAUAACCACGCCUAAUACACUGUGAGCGCACAAAUUGACAGGUCCUCUAAAAUAGUUCCCAUGACAACACAUAAAGUCAAAGGACCGUUGCCAUGGUAUCAGAAGCCACCACAGAUACAACACAGCCUCCUGCCUUAAACCAGAGAAGGUUCAUUUGUUACACGCGGAUGAAUCUAUUCUGUUUUUUCCAAAACACCUUCACACAUUACCAAAUAACGCUGUUGUGUGGCACAAAACGUUCACUCAGAGGAGAAAAAUAUUUUUGUAACAUUAAAUUCAUGACAUUUCCAAUAUUUAACUAAAAAUGUUUAAUACGCUUUGUGACAGGCUUUUCACCAGCAGCAAAGAUCCUUUACAGAAAGCAGUUCAGGGGGCAGGGUAAAACUAAUAUUUUGAAUAUUUGUAUGAUUCCUAUCCCCUAAUUUCAGUAUAAAAUGUAUUGAUACACCCCCUCCAGAAAUGUCAUCUCUAAAUGCAGCUACUCAGCAGUAAGCCAUAGCUUAUUACAGGACAUACUCAAAGCUGAGAGGCUGUUGGUUUUUUUAAUGACAUUGUACUUCAUUUUGUAGAUAAUCAACAAAUGGGGCUUAAACCUAUGCUGCUACGGUAUUUUGCCAGCUGUCCUUUUCUGGGCAAACGCUGACAGUGAUGUUUCACACAUCCCUCCUUCCCACAUUACAGUUUGAUUACGCUACUGCUUGAAGUGUUAAUUCACAUUUGAAUGUUAACUUAUGUAUUUUAGAGAGAUUUUUAUUGGUGUGCUUGAAUUGAAAAAAAACAAAGAAAAAAAGUUGUGUCUGUUUUUUUGUUUCUUUUUUGAUUGAUAAUCAUGAUUCUAAGAUUUGUUUUCCUGUUUAUCCAAAAAUAAACUAAAUGUGUUCUUGUUUUUUCUACUAGUGAGAGUAUAGAGAGUCUCUUGUACCUUGCAGCAAUAAGAGAUAUUGCAGUACACAAUCAAAGCAUCAUUGCUUCGGGGUGCAAGAUAGAAACUCUUGGUUUUUAUUACGAUCCUUGAAUUUCAGGAGUUCUUUUUUUUUUUUUUUUUUGCAAUUUAUCUUCUUGUGUGUUAGCCCAUGUUAGGGAGCCCUACUGCCCCAUUCUGUAUUUAUAUCUCUUAUCAUAUUAUAGUCUGAAAGCCAUCACUGUAUGGUAAUGAUAAAUGUCACUUUAUAAAGCUACUGAUUGUAAUCUUGUAAAUGUUUAGGCCAGCGUUGCUCUCCGAGACUCAACAGUGGCAUGUUUUAUUUUGACACUCCGACCAAAUUAAAUCAUUGAUUUUCUUUUUAUAUAUAUAUAUAUAUAUAUAUAUAUACACAUAUUGUAAGUAAGUCCCUUGGUGCAACUUGAUGCAAAAACCUGUAUUUAGUUUGGGUUUUUUAAUGUGCAUCCAUUCAUUUUUUAACCACAUAAAUUGAUAAACUCAACACAGCUCAUACCAUUUGGCUGAAGUUUUUCAUCAGUAAAUUAUUCUUUUAAUGGAAGGUGUUUUUAUUUUAUAAUAUUUGUUUGCAUCCAGAAUACUCCCACAGGCUCCUUGAAUGUUACUGAUCCUGCAAUGUACUAUUUAUUUGUCCGUCACUGAUGUGUGGACUAAUUCCUCCAAUCUUGCUUUUUCCUGUGUGUGUGUGUGUUUUGCUUUCUUUCUACAUUGCCACUAUACCGAUAUGACUCCUAUGUGUCUGGCCAAUCGCACAGCAGCAUAUUUAGAGAUUCUUUCUGUAGAUCUUAGUACUUUUUUGUCAUGCAUGAGUAAUCUGUUCACUCCGCGUGAACGUCGGGACCAACGGUAGAUGAGCGUCAGAGUGGAACGCUGUUAGUGUUCAUGUAGACUGGAACCAGUGGCUAGAAACAUUAUAUAUAUAUAUAUAUAUAUACAGUAUAUAUGGCCAUUGUUGUGACACAGCAGCUGAAGUAGGCUACUUUACAAACCUGUAUUUUCUUUCUUUUUCAUUUGAAACAACAAGUGUUUGUUUGUGAACUCUGCUCAGUGUGAGUCGGAUGAUUGUUCUUAAUAAACUUUCCAGAUGUGUUUGAGCAAAA